AUGGGUCCGGCUUCGAAAAACGCUGAUGAUUAUCUUUCUAAUAGAAAGAUGUCCAGCAUGCUAUGCCUCGUUUGUGGAGAUAUCGCCAGUGGAAUUCAUUAUGGCGUUCUCUCGUGUGAAGGCUGCAAAGGCUUUUUUCGACGGGCCCUGCAGGAUAAACGAGCACAUCUUCGAAAGUGCAUUCGGCAGGACUGCUGCAAAAUUUCCAUUAAAACCCGCAACCACUGUCAGCCCUGUCGACUACGUCGAUGUCUCGAAUUAGGAAUGUCUCGUGAGGCGGCAAAAUUAGGACGCAGAUCUAGGAAAACGUGGAAAAAUCUCGAUCUAUCAAUAGCUCUUCAUGGUCAACAUUUUAAUAAACCUGACGAAGGCAGCAAGUGCUUGAAAGUUCAAAAUAGGGACUCCCAUAGUAUUCAAACAAAUUGUCUAGAUGUUGAUGCCGCUCUUAUCACACACUUUAUCUUUCGUUUCUCGAGAGUCUGGUCGAAUCGUCGUCGAUUUGAGGGCCAUCAAACAGCAGCGAAAAUUCCAAUAGCAUUAGAUAUACUUCGAAAUCAACAGCCCCGACGCUUUGACGACGGUAACUCACCAAGUGGUAGCGAUGCCACUUUCACAGCAUUCAGCAGUAUCCCGUCUGUCGACACGUCUGUAUCCGGAGGAAGUACAUAUGAUUGGGGUGUGACACCACUUUCUAUCCCAACGCUAGAUGAGGAUUAUCUUACAAAUAAUGCUAAUCGAAGUAAUGGCAAAAUGGGCUCAUUCUCGACAGGAUCACAAAUAAUGGAAAAUCAGCACAAUGGAGUGAUGCUAUUCUGGAUGAGUGAGAAUGAUGGAAGCAUUCAUCCAAGUGCCACAUCACUGAGGUCUGGCAGCUACCCCGAUCAAGGCCUAAAUCCGUCAACUCCUCAGUCGAAAAAACUCCGCCUUAUCAAACCCAAAAUAAAAGACCACAAUUCUUUAAGUCUGCCAUCAACACAAAGUUCGCCAGCAACACCACUCAUCCCAGCUGUCACGGCCAUAUCUCCGGUUAGCACGCUGUCACAGGAAUACCACCACAUUCAAAUUAAUUCACCCAAUCAGAGCACUACCGGGGUGGAGACAUUGAGCUUAGUACCAACGAAUCAGACCAUUACGCUCAAUUCGUCAGAUAACAGCCACACGAACUCAACAACACGCACUUGUGCGAAAACAAAACGCCGAUUUAUUAGGUUUCCUAAACGGUGCACUACGCCAUCACCAAAUCUUGCUCCAGAUGGUGGAUCGUUGUUGACAGAGCUUCUAAGGACCAUAGAAAACUCGUUCUCGGUGACAUUUAGGGAGCACAUUGCCUGUCCAGCAUUCAAACAGCCGCGGGAACACAUUCAUGCCGCCAAUGAAGCAACACUCCAACAUCUCUUCGGGGUCAAAAAUUGGGAGGAUGGUAGACCACACACUGCACAGGCCUCUGAAGUGCGACGCAAAACUUUCCGCGCCUUUCAAACCUGUUUUGAUCGGAUAAUGCAAGAUUCGGUGAAAUUUGCCAAGCGAAUUCCGGGCUUCUCGGAUCUACUGCCUGAGGAUCGAAUGAUACUUUUGGCCUGCGUGAUGUUUAGCUUCUACGUGGAUGAAGAAAAUCAAACAUUUUGUGGUCCGGGUAACUUCACACUCUCCCAAAGUCAGAUGUGGCUAACAUUUCCAAUGAGCAAGAAAUUCGUGAAUCUCCUCUUUGACUUCGCCUUCCAAGUUCAAUCGUAUCGAUUGAGUCCUCUAAUACUUGGUCUCUUACUUGCAGUUCUACUUGUUACACCUCAUCGGGAAGGACUAACGAGCCGUGAGGAAGUUAACUGGCUUCGAGACCUCAUCUGCCAGGCCUUUCGUUUCCAACUGAUGAUAACUCAUUCAGACGGUGUCGGCCUCUAUAAUCAUCUUGUCUCCAGCAUACGAGAGGAACUUCAACGUCUGUCUGCAGAGCACAGACGCCAAUUAGACGGAAUGCGAGCAGCAGGAUACACUUUUCAAAAUGAUUUGUAUAGCGAAACUUUUUCCCUUGUCUAG